UUGUAAACUUGUGAUGUAAUUCUAUAGUGCAACGUGGUGGGAUUGUGACGUAUAAAUCUCGAGUAUUCGACUAAUUGUGAAAUAUAGUUUUUGUACGGUAUAUUUGUUUGUAUACAGUGCCUUAAAACACGGAACGGUGCAAUUAAUGUUCCGUUUUAAAGUUGAACUCGAUCGUUUCAUUAUUGAAGAGUGCAGUGUAUCGUUGUAAAGAUUUUGCAGUGAAAACGUGUUAAGUAUCCCCGUCUUUGGGGCGAUGAUAAGGAACCUCGCGUAUCGAACGUUUUAGUUAUCGAUUGAUAUACGAUUGUCGUCACUUUUGGCUAUACAUGGUAUUAUUUUUUUUUAUUUCUAUACUCUUUAUACCAAGUGCCUUUGAUCGAUUCCAGCUCGUCACGGUUCAUAAAGAAUUAAUGGUACAACCAGUGGCGCUCAUUAGUGAAAUUACAUGCAUUAUACUCGUGCCCAUUUAAUAACAAUUAAUUAUCACAGUUUUAUCUUCUAAGAAAACGAACUGCUGUACUAAUAGUUGAAGACGAAGACUAAGGACACAAUAAGGUUAUUUUUUUAAAUCUUGCUUUGAGGACAAAUGAAAUUCGUAUUUUACAGCACCAGUUAAAGAAUUUACUAUAUUAUUAUAUGUGUGUACAACUGUUGAUAAAAUUCAACUUUAAUACCUGAUUACUGAGCGUGAGUUACGAGUGUGAAUCAACGAUUAUAGACGCUUUCGAACGGUGCGAAGAAUUGCGCAACAGAAGCUAACGAUCAGAAGAAUGUUCGAAUAACAAGAAAGAAGGAAAAAUAAGGAAAGGCGAAGUAAUCACGGCGUAAGAUGCGUACGAAAAGCAACAACUGUUACCUAAAUUACUUCGAUAAAAGAUCGACGCAAGUUGCCUAACGUCGGUUCAAAUGCAUUGACGCAAUCUUGUCGCCCACCUUUUGGCGCGAUAAGAAGGAAAAUAUAAUCUCUCCUUCUGACGCAGAGAGAACCUAUCAGCAACAAACGAUUAUACAGUCCGUGGCCGAUAGAAAAGAAAAUGUUGCCGAGAAAAGAAGGCCAGAUCGCGCCUUACGCCCUCGAAGAUAUGAUCUCGGAUCUUCAGGCACGCAGAAAUUCUCUGGACCACGUCGACGACAUGGCCGGGGAUCCGAUCGAGCUCCUGAAACAACGGGAACGGGAUUUGGUCCUCGCUGCCGAACUUGGGAAGGCUCUUCUCGAAAGGAACCAGGAGCUCACUAAACAAGGAGAAGUCUUGGCCGAGGAGUAUGCCAGUAAAUUGGAGAGUCUGGAACAAGAGAGGCACCUCCUGAGACGAAGACUUGAGGAGGCUCACGACGAGGGCGAGGUGAGAGCACUGGAGCUGCAAGCCGACCUGGAGGCCCUUCGGAAUCAGUUAGAAGAGCAGGGGGAGCGUGCACGACGUGCUGAAAGGGAGCAAGCAGCCCUGGUGACGGAAUUGGCGGCCCAAAACACACGGCUUGCCGAUCAGCUCCGGGAGGCAAACAAGCAGGAAGAACAGCUCUUAGCCGAGCUGAGGGUCCUCAGGGAUAAAUGCGCGCUGCGGAGCACCACGCUUCAGGACCACGUCAGCAGCUUGGAGAUCCUCAGGGACGAGGUACAAAUUGUCUCGGCCCAAAGAACUGAACUUGAGAGGAGAUCCCUGGAGCUCCGGGAGGAAAGGGCGCGCGCUGUUGCGGCCUUGGAAGAAGCCGAGGAGAGAGCCCUCGUCUUGGAUAGACUGGGUCACGAAGCUGAGCACAGAGCAAGAAAAGCCGAGAGAGAGAGAGAUGAGCUGGCUGCUGCAUUGGCAGCCCUGGAGGCGGAAAGAAGAGGAAGAUCCGGAUCCAUACAAAAACCCCCGAGAUCACUGCAGGCGGAAAUGGAGUGCGAGGAGAGCGGAAGUUCUUUAGGAGAACCCGAGGAUCUCAAAGCCGAAGUAACGAGGGCUUGCAAAAGAAUGCGAGAACUCUGCGCUCAGCUCAGAAGAGGCGAAGACGACUCUGGCCUUCAAAGCGACUGCGAUGAGUCCAUGUUGGUCUUGGCGAACGGUGCUGAUACUGAGGCAAACUGUCCCGGGGCGUUGUCGGAGUUGACGGAGGAGUUGUUCAGACUGGCAUUAGCCGGACGAGGUGCUCCUGGAGAACUUGGCCUGGCGGUGGAAUUGCACAGGGUACGAGAGGAGCUCGAGCAUUCGAGAGACCAGCUGAAACAGACGCAAGAUGAGCUCAGACGAAGAGGGGAAUCGCUACUUGAGCUUACGAGUAAGUUGAGUGUAUGCGAGGCCGAGCUUCGAGGCGUACGAGAGGAACGAGACAGAGCCAGAGGUGACAUCGAAGACUCGGCACUCACCAAGGACGAGGUCCUAGCCCAGGCGUACCAGGUCAGGGACCAAGCUGUCGCCCGGAAGAACAGGGCGGAAGUCGAGCUGGCAAGAACGAGGAUCGACGUGCUGCAGGCUAACAGCCAGCUGAUGGAGGCUAUCCAGCAGAAGAUUGAGCUGAGUCAACAGCUCGAACAGUGGCAAAUGGACAUGCAAGCGCUUCUGGACGAGCAAGUUAGGAGUAAACUGAUGCCGUCGAGCGGUCCGGUCAGCGGUAACGGGGACAGUUCGGAGAUGAUUGUUCCGGCUAGAAAGAAGCGCAGUACGAGUGCUUCGAAGAAGAUUUUUGGACUAUUCUGAAAGUUAUUGGGUUGAAAAAUUUCGCCGGAGAUCUGCAAUCUUCGGCUCGAUUUUUUAUCAUGGGAUCAAAAUUUUAAUGCGAGAACCUAUCGCAAUGUGAUUAUAUAUUAUUGGUCGGAGGGCGGCAAUAUGAUGCGGCUCCUUGUUUUUAUUGCUGUGGCAUUUCUUCAACUGGGAAUCUGCGCUUGGAUGUUGACGAAGAUAAAUUCUCGGCGUUGAUCGCGAUUCGAAUGAUUUAGUUCACACGGAAUAAAUUAGCCCAGGGUAUUGAACGUGAAGGUGAUAAGUAAAAAAGAAAACUUGUUUUUACAAUAUUUUUAUGGAUUCUAUAUAAGAACCUUUGUGCCUGCGCGGUUGUAUAAUUGCUCAAGAUUGAUUUUCAAUGGUCGUUUCACAAGUCGUUAUAACAAGUUUAGAAAUUUCACUGCAGAGUGCAGACGUUUAUCAUUCGGUGUAAUUAAAGUAUCAUAAAAUCCUCCGUGUUGCACGAAAAUUCGAUGAGUGGCUUGAAGAAAUCUUGCGAAAUGCCAAUUAAACUUGAAGAAAUUAUUACAGUUAAAUUAUACGCGCUUGUACCUCAAAAUUUCUAUUCAACGAGCAUUCUAUUUUACAUUCUGUACUUGAACGUAUACUAUGCAGAAACUACAGAUUAAGUUUUUGAUAGAAAAAAGUUUAACGACUGUACAAAAGUUGAUAAAUUCAUGUUCAUCAAAACACUGGUUCCUGAAUUUUGCCUGAGACAUAAAAACCGUCGAGUCAUACAAGAUAUGGAUGAGUAGUUCCACUUUGAUGCUAUUAACAUAAUACGCGAAUAGAAUGAAAUUGAGUAAAAGAAAGCAUGUCUUAAACUUAUUUCUCGUUCAAUUUCAAAGAAUAUCCAGAAGUAUAUAAGCAAAUAAUUAAAAUAACAAGUUCGUAAAUACGUGUGUGAGUGCAGAAUACCGCACGUAGCAUCGGGGCGUGUCGGUGCAAAGUAAGAACGAACGUGUGUAGAAGGUCACUUUUAAAAAAAAGUAUCACACGUCGUUUCACACCGAUGAGUCAAGAUUUCGCCAACGACCCACGCGAAACAUUUUAUACUUACUUUCCUCCCUCCCCACGGAUACUUUAUACCUAUGUCCGUUCGUCCGUCCGUCCCACAUAUGCCACUAUUGGGCUUGAUUGUGAGUGACAAAAUAUUUAUUUAUGUAUCGAAUAUAAAAAGGAAGUUACCGGAGAUGUGGCCUUUUAGGAUUUAAACAAAAGUGCAAUAAAACGCAUUGGUUGAAGUGCUGUUGUAUCAUAUUUGAGCGAUGA